GAUGUCACAAACCCCCGUCAAUGCCAAAAGGUGACCAAACUACGGCGCAGUUGCAUUCGAUUGCACUGCUUGUCUCCCAUCCACUUGAAGGCUUCAGCCCGAAGUCUAUAUCAACCAACCACUUCCAUGGCGCUUCCAGUCAUGGAGGAGGGCAAACUCCUCGUUGACGCUUUGAACACUGUCAAAAUUCAGGUUCAGCAAAUGAAGAGAUACCUAGAGCUUGACCAGCUCAUGGAUGCCCUGAAAAGCGCUAGUCUGAUGCUUGCUGAACUGCGAACCUCGUCACUAUCUCCGAAACAAUAUUAUGAACUUUACAUGGCCGUGUUUGACGCUCUGCGCCACCUUUCCAAUUAUCUGUACGACGCUCAUACACAGUCCCGUCACCAUCUCGCCGACCUGUACGAGCUGGUUCAAUACGCUGGAAAUAUUAUACCUCGGCUCUAUCUCAUGAUCACGGUGGGGGCUGUUUAUAUGUCUGUUCCUGACGCUCCCGUGAAGGAGAUCAUGAAGGAUAUGAUGGAAAUGUCGCGAGGAGUCCUCCAUCCCAUGCGUGGUCUCUUCCUUAGACACUAUCUCAGCGGGCAAACCAGAGACCAUUUGCCUGUCGGGAGUGACGACGGACCAGGGGGGAACCUGCAGGACUCGACGACAUUUGUUCUCACCAACUUUGUGGAAAUGAACAAGCUCUGGGUCCGAUUACAGCACCAGGGGCACUCGCGCGAUCGUGAGAAACGAGAGUUGGAACGUCGCGAACUUCGUAUUUUGGUCGGCACCAAUCUUGUGCGACUGAGCCAGUUGGACGGGGUGGACCUCGAAAUGUAUCAGGGCGCGAUUCUCCCCAGUAUACUAGAACAAGUCGUCAGCUGCAAAGAUGUGAUCGCACAAGAGUACUUGAUGGAGGUGGUGAUCCAGGUUUUCACCGAUGAAUUUCAUCUACAUAGUUUGGGUCCAUUCUUGACGGCGACCGCUCAACUGCACCCCAAGGUCAACAUCAAGGCGAUCGUAAUUGCGUUAAUCGACCGACUGGCUGCUUAUGCCGCCAGAGAGGCCGAAAACGAGGAUCCUGAAGAAACUAAGAAACAAGAAGAAGCUGCCGCCCGCCGACUCGCGGAGAAAGUCAAGACCCAGAAAGUAAAGUCGAGGGAAAAUGGUUCCAGCGGAGCAACCCUCGCACCAGAAGCUGAUACAUGGUCAACUCCGCAACCUCCGAUAGGUCCCCCGACAGAAUCUGUGACAGAGCCGGUAGUCGCAGCAACGGCCUCUCCGUCUGAGACUGAAUCCGCGGGUGCGCUUAAGAAAUUCCGGGGCGUUCCAGAAAAUGUCCAGCUUUUUGAGGUCUUCUGGCAGCAAGUGGUUGAACUAAUCAGGGCCCGGCCAGACCUUUCUAUCCAGGACAUCACUGCGCUGUUUGUGUCCUUGACAAACUUGUCCCUAAGUUGCUACCCGGAUAGGUUAGAGUAUGUCGACCAAAUCUUGAGCUAUGCGGGGGAAAAAAUCCGGGAAUACACUGACAGUCCUGACCUUCACACUGCACAAACGAGUUCCAAUCUUGCGGCGCUCCUCGUUGCACCUAUCAAUUCGUAUCAAUCUGUGCUGACGUUACUCGCCAUCCCUAAUUACGCACCGCUGCUCACCACACAACUGUUUUCGACCCGACGUUCGAUUGCUCAUUCGAUUGUGUCAUCCGUGUUGAAGAACGAGACGAUUAUCGAGACGCCGGAAGAUGUAGACGGAGUGCUGGAGUUGUGUCACGUCCUUAUCAAGGACCAAUCGGACGGUCAUUCCGCCGCUCCCAACGGGGUAGCUGUCAACGGAAUCAGCGGAAGUGGGCUCAAUGGAUCGCAAGGUAACCCGCGCAAGCUUGGCCCAUAUUCAGUUGAAAGAGAAGAGAUGGCCGAGGAGCAAGGCUGGGUUGCCAGGAUGGUUCACCUCUUUCGAUCUGAAUCAUUGGACGUGCAGUUUGAGGUAUGUUGUUAUUGUCCGUCAGAUCCAACUUCGAUCCCCAUAUCAUUCAGCUGUUACAAAUGGCUCGGAGACAUUUCGAUGCCGGAGGAGAGCGGAUGCGAUUCACUUUCCCCGCUCUGAUCACAUCCUCCAUCAAACUUUGCCGACGUUACAAGAAUCGGGAGCAUCUCGAGACAGACUGGGAGACCAAAGUCUCGACCAUUCUCAAGUUCUGCCGGCAGCUCAUCUUCAUCCUUGCCAAUCAAGUUGAUGCACCAACCAUCGCUCUGCGUCUUUUUCUGCUUGCUGCGCAGAUUUCAGAUGAAUGCGGCUUUGAAGACCUCACAUACGACCUCUACGUCCAAGCCUUCAGUGUUUACGAGGACAACAUUUCUGAAUCACGCGCACAACUGCAGGCGAUCACAUUAGUAAUCGGUGCUUUGGAAGGUGCCAAAGUAUUCAGUGUGGAUAACUACGACACAUUGAUCACCAAAGCCGCUCUUCACGCUUCCAAGUUGCUCAAGAAAAGCCACCAGUCCACUGCUGUUGGUUUUGCAAGUCACCUUUGGUGGCAAGAGAAAGCACAUCUCGAAACUGAAGCCGAACUCGAAGAAGGGGAUGGCAAGCCAGCAGCUAAGACUGAAGAGAAGGACGACGAGACUGUUAAAGCUGUUAGUUGCCGCCGUGUCUCUUUCUGCUCGCGAUUGACUGUGGACUGCACUAGUUCCCUCACCAAGAUAGCAAGCGUGUGCUGGAAUGUCUGCAGCGAUCCCUGCGGACGGCAGGAUCCGCCAUCGAAGAGAUUGUCACGGUUCAACUCUAUUGUGAUGCAUUGGAUCAGUACCUGUACUAUCUUGAUCAUGGGGCUCCAGCAGUCGCCCCUAAGUUUGUAAACAGUCUUGUCGAGCUCAUUGCCGCUAGUAUCGACAACAUCGCAUCACCUGAUGUGCAUCCCUCGCAGCGGGCUCCGCCUGGCCUAAUCGAGGGCGUACAGACCCCAGAAAUGAUCUCUCGACAUUUCUACAACACUCUGUACUAUAUUCAUCGCCGGAAAAACGCCAACCUGACUGAUCCUCGCUGGGAAGGCGUGGAUAUCGUCGGUGCUACCCUGAAAAUGGGAAUUACUCGAUAAAUAUUCUAUGUAUUGUAGCAACAUGUCCGAUUUUGUGGAUUUGAGCUUCCAGGUUCCCAUCUGACAUCUGGCAUCUGAUUCCAUCAUCAUCUGCAACACAGCUCAUCACCGUGACUAGUAACUACGUCUCUUCUACCGCACUCACUCGACUUGCCCAAACAUGGCCGAAGGCAGCAACUACGAUUAUCUGUUCAAGGUUGUACUCAUCGGAGAUUCCGGUGUCGGAAAGUCGUACGUCUCCUCGCAUGUCUUCUUGUAUCGCUCAUGGGACAAUCGCCUCGCUCGACCUCAGAAAUUUGCUUUCGCGAUUCACGCGUAACGAGUUCAACCUCGAGUCCAAGUCCACGAUUGGGGUUGAGUUUGCGACCCGCUCUAUUGAUGUUGAUGGAAAGACGGUCAAGGCCCAGAUUUGGGAUACAGCCGGCCAAGAGCGUUACAGGGCUAUCACCUCGGCGUACUACCGUGGCGCGGUCGGAGCUCUCCUCGUAUACGAUAUCGCCAAGCAUGCGACGUAUGUCAACGUCACUCGUUGGUUGAAGGAACUGCGGGACCACGCCGACUCCAACAUCGUCAUCAUGCUGGUUGGCAACAAGAGCGAUUUGAAGCAUCUGCGAGCGGUUCCAACAGAUGAGGCCAAAACUUUUUCAACGGAAAACGGCCUGUCUUUCAUCGAAACCUCGGCGCUGGACGCCUCGAACGUCGAAGGCGCAUUCCAAACCAUUUUGACCGAUAUCUACCGCAUUGUGUCGAGCAAAUCUCUGGAACAAUCAAACAAUCCUAUCGAAGCCCCCGGACCCAGCAUCAGUGUCGGGGCCAGUGUCGAUAACAAUGCUGCUCAGGGAAGCAAAUGUUGCUAAGAUGGUUCAGUAUAUUCUACUUGUUGCAGAAUGUUCCUUGUUUGUGUCACGCUCAUCCUUUCAAACUCUAUUGUAUUCGAACUUGCGUUCCGUGUGACAUAAAACAAGAUUCUCGGAGGCAUCGAAGCAUGUCGCAAAAAUCUGAAUUGGCAUAUCCGUUGUGGUCAGCGCUGAUCGGAAAGGUUGAAUCAGUUGUCAUCAGGCGGUGGUCAGGUAUUUAUCAGG